AUGAGUUCACCUCACGAUUCAACUGAAAUCAAUUUCCUCCUUCAUCGCGAAGGCAUCAAGCCUAUUGACUCUCAACUUUUAGUACAAUCACAAAUAUAUAUGGGCGAGUGCUUAGAAGAAAUCAAAAAACUGUUUGAAAUCAUUUUAGAGAAUAAUCCCACGCAAAUUGCAGAAGUAAUCAAAAGAGUCUAUGAAAUUACAAGCUAUUUCCAGAAAGAGGUUCGAGAGAUACUUCCAACUGAAGUUAUUAUGAUAUUAUUAUCUUAUAUCCAUCUUGAUCCAUUUAUUAUGGACUAUAUCUCACUUUUGAUAUACAGUCAGUAUGAUAUUUACAAUGAGCUCAUCGAAUUCAAUAUAUUCCACGUCAUUGAUACUUUAUUCCAAAAUCAAUCUUCAUCUAUCAAUAUCUACUCAUUAUUAAUUCUUUUGAGAUAUACCAUACAACUAUUUGUAUCCAGAGAAACCGAAGAAACAGAUUUUCCUUCAGUAGAUCAACUACUUUUAGAAAAUAAUAUUUUUUCUCAUCUCAAAAAGGUGCAAUUGACUACGAUGUACCAACAAGAGAUCAUGAAAAUGAUAUCGGCACUAUCCAAUUACUACGAUUUGUAUGAUGAAUUUUAUUAUUUAAUUAUUCCAGUAGCUAUGAUUGAUGAUCCCAUUAUUUGUGAUGUAUUCGAUGCAUUGAAAGAGAUUAUAUCGAAUAAUUGCACAGAAUUGUUCGAGAAAUUCAUUUUCGGAGAUAAAUUUCUGAAUUUUUUGUUGGAGUUGCUAAACUCAGACAAGAAGGACCAAGCGAUAAAGAUGUUCGCAACCAUGGUCUAUUUCGGUGAUUCCACGAUCGAAAUUUUUAAUAAUCUCCAUAUUAUAGAAAAAAUUCUUGAAUUGACAAACGAUGAAAACGAAUCUGUACAAUUUAAUGCUUUUUCGUUUUUUGACGCGCUUUCAAUUUCAAUUUCCGAAAUUCCUCCGAUAUUUACGAAUUUCAACUUACUUGAGUAUUGUACGAACAAGUCUUUCAGGAUUAUAUCAAUAGCUGUUGAAGUUUACCUGAAAUACUUGAAGUUUAUGCCUGUUCAGAUUAUUUUAGAUUCAAUCAACGAAGAAAUUAUUUCUUUUUGUUGCGAAGUGGCUUCUUCUGAGAAUUAUAUGGUAAAACAUUCGAUCUGUCUAUCAAUUAAACAGAUUCUUGAUUCUCUCCACUUAAACGAUGAUGAUAUGGAUGUUUACAGGUCAGUAUUGAUUGAACAUGACUUGUAUGACUAUAUAGAAGAGAUUUAA